UGCAGCUGCAGCUCCUUAAAUUUGGUCCGACUCGAACACUCAAAUUCGCCUUGGCAAAAAGAUGGAACUCUGGCUCCUCAUCCUCAUCGCCCUCUCCGUCGCCGCCCUCCUCAGAGCCAUCGUCCGCCUCCUCUCCGCCUCCGACGACGACGCCGAGAGGAAGAGCCUCCCGCCGGGCCCCCUCACCUUCCCGGUCAUCGGCAACUUCCUAUGGCUCCGCAAGUCCUUCUUGGAGCUCGAGCCCAUCCUCCGCUCCCUCCACGCCCGCCACGGCCCGAUGGUCACCCUCCACAUUGGCCCCCGCCCCGCGGUCUUCGUCUGCUCCCCAGCCCUCGCCCACCAGGCCCUUGUCCACCGCGGCGCUGUCUUCGCCGACCGCCCGCCGCCCGUCGCCACCAACCGUAUCCUCUCCUCCAACCGGCACAGCAUUAACUCCUCCUCCUAUGGCCCCAACUGGCGUCUCCUCCGCCGGAACCUCACGGCGGAGAUCCUCCAUCCCUCCCGCCUCCGCUCCUAUUCCCGCGCCCGCGCGCGGGUACUGGACAUGCUUGUGGCGGAGCUCAAGUCCCAGCCCGGCGGGGUAGUCCGCGUGGUCCACCCCUUCCAGCACGCCAUAUUCUGCUUGUUGGUCCUCAUGUGCUUCGGAGAUAAGCUCGAGGAGAAGCAGAUUAAGCAGAUCGAGGAGGCUCAGCGACGGUUGCUGCUGGGUCUGCGGCGGUCCAGAGUGCUCAAUUUCUGGCCGCGGCUGAGCAAGCUCGUGCUCCGGAAGCGAUGGAAGGAGUUCCACGAGCUCCGCGAGAAUCAGAAUCAAGUCCUCGUCCCGAUCAUCAAAGCUCGAUCCAAGGCCAAGCGAGAGCAAUUGAGGAAAGCCAAGGAGGAUGGGAAUGAUGGCGAUUGGACCGUGUCGUACGUGGACACGCUCCUGGACCUGGAGCUGCCGGAGGAGAAAAGGAAGCUGGAGGAGAACGAGAUCGUAACCCUCUGCUCAGAGUUCCUCAACGCCGGCGCCGACACGACGUCCACGGCACUGCAAUGGAUCAUGGCCAACCUGGUCAAGUAUCCAGAAAUCCAAGAGAGGCUCUACGAUGAAAUCAAACUAGCCGUGGAACAAAGGGCGGAGCAAGUGAAGGAGGAGGACCUGCAGAGGAUGGGAUACCUGAAGGCGGUGGUGCUGGAGGGGCUGCGACGCCACCCGCCAGCGCACUUCGUGUUGCCACACUCGGUGACGAAGGACGCGGAGCUGGGCGGGUACGCGAUCCCCAAGGACGCGACCAUCAACUUCACGGUGGCGGAGAUGGGUUGGGACCCGGAAGUCUGGGAGGACCCGAUGGCGUUCAAUCCCGAGAGGUUCUUGAGCUCCGGCGGCGGCGGAGAAGCCGGCGGGUUCGACAUCACGGGGAGCAGGGAGAUAAAGAUGAUGCCGUUUGGGGUGGGGAGGAGGAUCUGUCCCGGGUACGGGCUCGCGAUGCUGCACCUGGAGUACUUCGUGGCGAACUUGGUGUGGCUGUUCCGAUGGCGGACGGCGGCCGGCGAGGAGGUGGACCUGUCGGAGAAGCAGGAGUUCUCCAUCGUGAUGAAGAACCCUUUGACGGCUCAGGUUCGUCCCAGGAAUUUGGGCACCUGAACUUCGGAAAAAUGUAUUCUAUGCUUCUUUG